GCCCUGCGCGGCCACUCGCACUUCGUCAGCGACGUGGUCAUCUCCUCCGACGGGCAGUUCGCCCUCUCGGGGUCCUGGGACGGCACCCUGCGGCUCUGGGAUCUCACCACCGGCACCACCACCCGCCGCUUCGUGGGUCACACCAAGGACGUCCUGAGCGUUGCCUUCUCCUCCGACAACCGCCAGAUCGUGUCGGGAUCCCGGGAUAAGACCAUCAAGCUCUGGAAUACGUUGGGAGUCUGCAAGUACACGGUGCAGGACGAGAGUCACUCGGAAUGGGUGUCGUGCGUGCGCUUCUCCCCCAACAGCAGCAACCCCAUCAUCGUCUCCUGCGGCUGGGAUAAACUGGUCAAGGUUUGGAAUUUGGCGAACUGCAAGCUGAAGACUAACCACAUCGGUCACACGGGCUACCUGAACACGGUGACGGUCUCUCCCGACGGCUCCCUCUGCGCUUCCGGUGGGAAGGUACGGCACAGGAUGGGGCAGGAAAACCGCCGAGGCCUCCUUCCGGCA